CACGUGAACACGCUCAGAAUGACUCUUCUCUGAUCGGACGGAGGUGAUCCUGAAAUUGCUCAGUGAGCACCUUUAAUUUCCCUGAUUUACAUUUUGCUGUCAAUCACACCCAAUGGAAUCCAAUCAGAAAGCAGGCGGCGACGGACUGGCGGGGACGCAGAAGGAGGCGGCGCUUCGGACGCUCAUGCAACGAACCGGAUACCAACUGCGGCAGGAGAACGGCCAGCGGCGCUACGGAGGCCCGCCGCCCGGCUGGGACGGACCUCCACCGGAGAGAGGCAGCGAGAUCUUUGUGGGGAAGCUACCGAGAGAUCUGUUUGAAGACGAACUGGUUCCUCUGUGUGAGAAGUUUGGAAAGAUCUACGAGGUGAGGAUGAUGAUGGACUUUAACGGGAACAACAGAGGUUACGCCUUCGUCACCUUCAGCACCAAACAGGAAGCCAAAGCAGCCAUGAAGCAGCUCAACAACUAUGAGAUCAGGUCAGGAAGCUGCUGCUCACUCUGUUUCUACAUCAGGGUGGUUCAGACGGUUCCGCUUGAUGUUCUGCAGAAGGACUGAGAUGUUUACAU